AUGGGGGCCUUUGAGGACAACAAAUCCUCCGAAUUAAACCGCGUUUCGUCGCUUCGAACCUCGGUGAGGAUUUCUACCUCACAAAGGGACGAUGAGGACUAUGACUUGCAGGCUAUGAUAGUUGCCGAUGGGUUUCGCCCGGUAGAUGCGACAAACAUUCAAACUCCGAGACCUGCGACGGCGCUGCAAGAUGUGCCUAUGACACAAAUACCGCCGCCACGUCCAUCGAGUAUUACAAAGCCGCAUCGGAGGAGUGAAUCUCUGGCUUUGCAACAUGAUGGGUCAUCUUCUGAGUCGGAUAGUAGGUCUUUAAGUAGAGGUUCUCUAAGUAGAGUUUCGAGCGGUUCCACUGCGUCGCCGUUUGUUGAUCCUGAAGACCCGUACGAUGGCCCGUCUGGUCCUUCUCAUCCGUACCAGAUGUAUCCGCAAGAUGUUCGAGUAGCACGAACGGCUAGUCUAGCGACAACGUCGACGGUACCAGUCUCUGAGCGGUCGUACAAUGGGCCUCGCGGGCCGGCGCAUCCGUACGGCAUGUAUCCGCAGAACACCGUAUCCGAAACAGGUGGAAUGUCUAGCGGGCCGGUACAGGCGGAAAUUAAUGUCGGAUUCCCUGGAGCGACGGACAACUAUCAAAGAAGAAUUGGUCCGGACGGAGAGGAUGUAGCUGAUUUGAUUGGUCCUGAUGGCCAUACGGAACAGUUACCUCCUUACACGAGAUAUCCGGAAGAAGCGUAUACUAGAAAGGCGUUGGGUGUGGAAACGCCUCAGCCAGCGCCAGCGCCUGUGCAGCCGAUGUUGGCCAUUCCGGGUGCUGGAGGUAUCGGGAUGGCUACUCGAAAUCCUGAAUUCUCGUCUACUGAGGAUUUAGGCGGAUUAUCCUCUCCACAAUCUAGACAAUCUAUUAGGAGUUUUACAUCUGAGAACAGCCAGAAUGAAUUAAAUGCUGCUGUUACGACUAAUAAAGAAGCUGAAGACGAGAAAGCGUUGCCAAAGGACUGGCAAGUAACCGCGAAAAGGAGGGUUUGGGGGAUUGUUCCAUGUUGGGCCAUCGUCCUGGCUGCCAUCGUCCUCGUUUUGAUGGGAGUAAUACUCGGUGCUGUCAUUGGGACUCUCCUUCGCCCCGAUUCGAAGAACAAAUCGCAUAAGGAUGGGCCGCCUUUACCAAUGAUAAAUCCGGGCAACUGGGACACACAACCUCUUAGUACCCUACCGUCAGGUUUACCACCCUUACAAGAAGGGUUCUCUUAUAAUGAGAGCGCGACUUUGAAAAACAACGUGUACCUUUGGGGGAUGCAGCCGCCCGAAUUAACUAACGUGCGACUAAAGCUUGUCAAUGAUGUGCACGAAGGCCCUCGAGGUCCGGCGUGGAAUUUCGAGGUUGCCUACAAUAAAACUGUCAUCGUUCCUGAUCAGGCAUUAUCGGCUAGCCCCUCCUCUUCCCCCUCUGCUGCUCACCGUCGUCGGACGUUGUAUGGCGGCGGUUUCAAGCGUAAAGGUGCCCAAAUCGGAGACCGCAUGUGGAUUUGCCAUUGGGACAACACCAUCCUGGAGGCUUUUAUCUACGCAAAUCAAAAUAAUAGUAUUAAACCGAUGCCAGGUCCUCCACCGCCUGCAUCGACCGAGGAUAUCCCCACUGGACUAACUACGGUACCCGGAGCGGCUGUCACUGGACCCCCUGAAGGAUUUAACAACGGCGGCGGUUUAACGCCUUCAGAUGUUCCUUAUGGGUCACCCCAAGAUCACCAUGGGACUACCGCGGCCUCUGAUGGCCUUCCGAACCCAACUGAUACUUCCUCGACUGCUACAUCCAGUAGUAUAUCCGACCAGGACAUUCCCAUGCCUCAAAUUUAUCCGCCAUACCCACGGGUCAUCAAGGUCGAGGAGCAUCGUAACGCUGACUCGUCGGCGGCUAAGCCCUGGUGCCGCCAGUUUCAGAUUAAUGAGAACAACGAGGCAGAAGCAAUAAAAGUAGAUGGAAAGACAGUCGAUAUCAUCAUUAAUGAGGACGAAGGAGUGUUUGGACCAGGACCCCCGAAGGAUGGAGUCGUAGAGCGCCAUAUAGGAGGUCGCGGGGGUGGUAUUGGGAUGGGAAGCGAUAUGAGUGAUUGCGGUUGUAUGUGGUGGCUCUCUUGA